AUGGCCAAGACAAAGAAGCGAACCGCGACCUCGCACCGGUCCACCGACUCCACAGGAUUGCCUCCGGGCUGGAUCCGAGUGGAGUCACGCUCAAAGCCAGGCGCUUUUUUCUACGCACAUCCGGCAACCAAGCGAACUCAAACCGAACAUCCUGGACAGAGGCAAGUUCGCUCGAAGAGACCGGAGGGGCCAAGACGACAGAAGGCGGAAGACGAAGCCAAAGGUAGCCCGCUUGAAGUCGAGGACACGGAGGACCCUGCAGAGAAGGCGGAGCGUCUGCGGCAGGAAGCGGAGGCCGCCGAGGCGGAAGAGGCUGCCCGGCAAGAGCUAGUGCGGCAGCAACGCGCUGCCAAGCGCGCCCUGCUCAAGGCAGACGAGAAAAAGGAGGACGAGCCAGGCUCUGAUGAGGAGAGGGAGCUAGUUUCCAAAGAGGAACUUGAAAAGUGGAAGGAGGACGAGGAACGCAGGGAGAAAGAAGAGGCAGAGGCAGAGCGCAGGCGCAAGGAAGAGGAGGAGCGCCGAAGAAAGGAAGCGGAGGAGGCUGAGAGAAGAAGAAUUGAAGAGGAGGAGCGCGUUCGGAAAGAGCGCGAAGAAGAGAUCAGGAGGAUAGAAGCCGAGAAGAUUGCGCUCUGGAAAGCGCGAACGGCAAUGGCCCGGAAGGAAGCUGAGUUUGAGCUGGCGGUUUCACGAGAAAGGCAGAAGAAGGAAGAGGCCGACAAGCGGCUUCUAGAGGCUGAAAGGGUGAGGCAAGCCUUGCUGGAGAAAAAGCAGCAAGAAGCUGAAGAGGAGACCAAGAAGGCAGAGGCCGAGCUGCGUCGGAAGGCAGAGGCAGAAAGACUAAGACGUGAAUUCGAAGCGCAGAACCAGCAAAAUGAGAGAAUCCCGGAGCCAUCAGACCCCAUUUCGGUGCCCUGCUUUGAUGUCUUCAAGAGUGGCAACCGAAUAGGUCGGUUCAUUCUGUCUCCUUCGCAGAAGUCUUGGACGAUUGGGAGAUGCCCCCCAGUUGACAUUCGUGCUGGUCAUGAGACAGUUUCGCGAAAGCAUGCGCAGGUAAAUCGCCAGGGCUGCUUCACGUUCCUUCAAGACCUUGGCUCCGCCCAUGGUACAGUCCUCAACGGGCAAAAGAUUUCGAAGAACACGUUGGAGCCUUAA